UUUGGCAGGGAUACAGCCAGGGACACCAUCAGUGUUAGAGGCAAGGAUGCAGGCAGGGAUGCUACAGGAACGCGAGCAUGGAUACAGGCAGGAAAGCAGCCAGGGAUGCAGGCAGCAGUAAGGACCUCCCUGGGGGUGCUGCUGUGUCCCACUACAUGUUCCCACCCCCAACUUGGAUCCCUUAGGGCCACGCGGGAUGCUGGGCUAACCCCGUUUCGGCAGCCGCGGGUACCAGGAGGCUGCCUCCGUCCCGGGCGCUCAGCGGAGCCAAAUCCCCGGAGAGCAGAGGGGGGUGGGGGCAGUGGGGAGGACGCUGGCAUUAUCCGGCUCCUGCUGUGCUGGAGGCAGCUGGAGCAGCCCUGCAUUAAUAGAUUAGAGAGAGGAUUUGGGCUGGGCACCAGCGAGGGCAGAGCCGGCGGCGUGGGCAAGGCCAGGGACACUCACUCGGACGGUGCGGACGGACGCGGCCGCCGGCUCCACGCUAACAGCUUCUCCAGCCGAGCCCCACAGAGCCCCCUGCUGCAGCCAUGGACGAGUGGGACCUCCCUCAGUGGAAGAAGGAGGUGGAGAGCCUGAAGUACCAGCUGGCCUACAAACGGGAGAUGUCCUCCAAGACAAUACCUGAGUUCGUCAAAUGGAUCGAGGAUGGCAUUCCAGAAGAUCCCUUCUUGAACCCAGAGCUGAUGAAAAACAACCCCUGGGUGGAGAAAGGCAAAUGCACCAUCCUCUGAGAGCCCAGCACCCCGCUCAGCACCAGCUCCUGUGCCCCCCUCCCCAAGCUGAAUGUACUUUUUUAUUAGCUAGCUUCCCAAGCAGUACCCAAACUAACCCUCUGCCUGCCUUCAGCUGCUCUUAUUUAUAGCAGUAGAAACGUUGCUUUUUUUAUAGAGAGGGGACAUGAGGACAGCACAGAGGGGGUGGGGGCUAGGAACAGCAAAGAUUCCCCCUAGGUUUAGCUGCAGUUUCCAAUCACAGCCUCUGCCACGUCCAACAGGUUGAGUUUUCAGCCUGUAAAGGCAAAAAAAUAAACCCCUCAGACAACAACAACAACAACAAAAAGGCAACCCCCAAACUUUUUCUAGUUAAAGACUUUCAGCCACUUGAAAUAUUCUUUUGUAACACUGUAGGAGCAGGUAAAAUACAACUGCAGGUUUCUAAGUGAAAUAAACAGAACAACACUUGGUGACCUGG